UUUCGUCCCAAUGGACAAAAAUAUUAAAACGUAGUAAUUUUCCUGAGUAUAAAGUUAAUUUGAAAGAACCACAUCUUUGCGAUGAUACAGUUCAACAGUAUUCAGGGUAUGUUGAUGUUAAAAGCACUAAGCAUUUAUUCUUUUGGUUUUUCGAAUCGAGAAAUAAACCUCAAGAAGAUCCGAUCGUUCUUUGGCUUAACGGUGGACCAGGACAACCUUCUGUAAGAGGUUUAUACUUUGAACUUGGUCCUUGCACUGUUAACCCAGGAGGAAAUGAUACAACUUUUAAUCCUUACUCGUGGACUAGCAACUCUAGUAUUAUUUUCUUGGAUCAACCAGUUAAUACAGGAUAUUCUUAUGGUGAUAAUGUAUCUGAUACUUUCACUGCUGCAAAUGAUGUAUACGCAUUUUUACAAAUCUUUUUCCAAGAGUUUUAUCAAUAUGCCAAUUUAGAUUUCCAUAUUGCUGGUGAAUCGUAUGCUGGACAUUACAUACCCACCAUAGCCUCAGUUAUAAACAAAUAUAAUAAUGUUGAUGAUGCUAUAGAGAACCGUAUUAAUAUCAAACUUAAAUCUGUCUUGAUUGGAAAUGGUCUAUUCAACGCUUUAGUGCAACAUAAAUAUUUAUCUAAAAUGGCCUGUGAUUCAUCUUAUGGACCAGUCUUAAAUAAUUCUGCAUGUAAUCAGAUGAGAAGAGAUUAUAUUAAUUGUUCCGAAUUGACUGAAAAAUGUUUUGAUUCAAAAAAUUUGACAGAUUGUGUAACUGCUGAAAAUUGUUUUGAUGGAAUAUAUCAACUUUAUAAAACUUCUAAUAGAAGUAUGUAUGAUAUUAGAAAACAAUGUGAUGGUGAUUCGUGCUAUCCAGAACUUCAAGACAUUGAAAAAUAUUCUAAUCGUGAAGAUGUUAAAACUGAGUUGGGUGUUAAUCCUUCGGUGGUCUUUCAUGUUCGUAACGCCAAUGUUAAUAAGAACUUCUUUAAUUCUGGUGAUUGGAUACUUUUCUUUGACGCAUAUGUUUCAUCGCUCCUGGAAAGCAAUAUUCGAGUAUUAAUAUACGCUGGCGAUGCUGAUCUUAGAUGUAAUUUUUUUGGUCUUGACGCGUGGACAAAAGCGCUUAAAUGGAGUGGUACAAAAGGUUUUAAUAAUGCUGAUGUUACUCGUUGGAUAACGACUAUUGGUACUCAUUCUGGAGAUGUUAGAACAUUCAAAGGACUUACAUUCCUGAGAAUUUUUGGGUCAGGGCAUUAUGUACCUCAUGACCAGCCAAUUGCAAGUUUAGAUUUCUUUGUUAAAUGGAUAUUCAAUAAAGAUUUGUAA